AUGGGAUUUUCAUCACCUGCAGCGGACUAUCUGCAGAAACCUCUGACGCUGGACAACCACCUUAUCCAUCGCCCGGCAGCCACGUUUUUCAUGACUGCAGCAGGGCAUUCCAUGACGGAGGCAGGGAUUACAGACGGUGCGAUCCUGGUUGUGGAUCGCAGCCUGAAACCGGUGGAUGGUGAUAUUGUUGUGAUCAUUCUGGAUGGCGAGCACAGGGUUCGACGGAUCCGGUUCAGGAAUAACCGGGUCUACCUGCAGGCCAAUGCCGAUGUAAAAGUGAUACGUGUGAACCCUGAGCAGGACUUUGAAAUCUGGGGCGUAGUGUCUUCUGCUGUUAACCAGUACCGCAGGAAUUAG